CUCUAAUACUAUACUUUAUUCUAUCCAUCUCCACCAUUAACACCAACACAAUUGCAUUUUACAGCGAGAGAUCCAUUUCUGACUGUAUUAUGUGUGUGUAUCUGUAGAGAGAGAAAGAGAGUAGAGGGAGAUAUAUAUAUAUGUGUGUGUGUGUGUGGAGGUGGACGGGUGGUGGGGUUUGGGGGAUUUACUAGCGGAUCUGUAGACUAGAGGAAUCGAAAGAUACUAUCGGAAAAGAAUGAAAAAGAUGUAUAUAUUACUUCUUGAUACUUGACGCUCCGGAGUUCGCAACGAGGAGAAAAGGACUUCAUUUACAUAUGCUGUAUGCUUGUUCGCAUAUUCAACACCCCACAUCUUUGUCUCUUGCAUUGGUCUUUUUCUUGAUGUUAUUUCUGAUACACACACGCCUACGCGGACGGUGAGAGUGCGUGCUUGCGUGAGUCGUGUGGAAGGGAAAAAAAGAUGUUGGAAUUGAGAGAAGGGAGUUGCUAUCCAGAGGCGGUGGUCGGAGUAAAUGUGGGUUUGGCUUGUGUUGAUGCUGUGAUUGCAUUUAUUGCUUUUUAUCAGUUGAUAAGGAUCCACUCAAGAAAUUUGCUGCUUGGCUGGACCAGACAAAAGGUCUUUCAUCUAAUGAUUGGAUCUUCUAACUUGGGUUAUUUCCUUUAUUUUGUGUUAACUCUUGUUGCUGCUUGUAAGGGUUGGGUUUGCUGGUCACACUCGUGUGGUUUCAUUGUCAUGGCUUUCCCCAAAAUUCUGUUUGUUGCAGCAUUUCUUCUACUCUUGUCAUUUUGGGUUGACUUAUGUCAUCAAUCAAAUGAUGAUGAUGAAGAUGAAUACUGCAGCUCUCAAGAAGCCCUGCUGGAGACGACAAAUAUAUCUGAUUCUAACACCAAUAGUAUCCGGAAAUGUUUCUCCUUUGUGUCAAUUCGCAUAGGAAGCCGUCAAAAAGUUGUGAUUUUGGUUGCUGUCUUAGUUUUUGCAAUAAUGGUAGCAUCUUCAGUACUGAUAUGGAUUGGGAUGGGAAAGAAUCCUAUUGACUCUGCAGUUGUUGCUCAGGUAUAUGUAGAUCUGAUUGCCAUAACAGUUCUCUUACUGGGAGGAGCCUUGGCAUGCUAUGGACUAUUAUUGUUCUUGAAAAUGAGAAAAGUGAGAUCUGAGCGGGCUUCAACAGAAAUGUGGAAGGUGGCUGGUUUGGCCAUCGUAUCUGUGAUAUGUUUUACAUCAAGUGCAUGUGUAGCUAUAGCAACAAAUAUACCUCUGUUCUAUCACUGGCAUGAACAACAGAUAGAUGGUGUCUAUACCUCUCUUCUACUGGUGUUGUAUUAUUUCAUAGGUUCAUCAGUGCCCUCAGCCUUUGUCCUACUGGUGAUGAGAGAAUUACCGCCUCCACUUGUGAUUAACAGACGGCAAGAGUCCAGAACAAUAGCCUUUAUCCGAGACCAUUCAGUUGCAGCCCAUCCAGAGCAUUGGACGGCUACAACGAGUGUGCAGACUCAGGUCUCAAGAGCAAGCCCGGUAUGAAAUGCUGCUUUGCACGGACCUGGAAUUGCCAGAACAGCCAACUGCAAAAAGAAACACGGAACUCGACAUGGCAAAUAAAGGGCAAGCGGCUUAAUCUAAUCUCACGAAGACGAGAUGACGCUCAAAGGCACUAUUUAAAAGGACACCCGGCCACAGGUUGACUUUGCCCUUAAGCUGAUAGCUUUGGCUCUUGUACAUAGCAAUCCUACUCCAAACUCUCGACGCAAAAAGUGGUGAGAGUUAAUACAUUAGAGCUGUUAGAUUGUUGGCCUAUUUUGUUGAUGUUUGUGUGUUAAGUGAUAAAAAGUAGAAGAGGUGGUGAGGUAAUGAAUAGAGAAAAAUGAAAUAAUAAGGGUGUAAUUAUUGGAGAUAAAAGUAAUUUUGCAGUCACACGUGAAAGGAAGGAAAGAGAGAAAGAGGUGGGUGAUGUUUUUGGUCAUACAAACAACAGGAGAGAGGAGAGGAGAGGAGACGGUGUCAUCUCAUCUCAUCUCUAUCUCAUUUGGGUUGGCGCUGUCAAAACAGAGGCGUGCCUUUUAGCAUGCGCAUCAAAGCUGAUAUCAGGCCAAAAUCCCCCAUUUCAAAACCCUAUUUCCUUUUUGUUUUACUAAUAAAGAAAUUCAGGGUUUGUAUUA